AUGGCCGAGGAACCACAACCCGCAGGCGUGCACGAGGGCGCCGAGCAACCGCCCGCCCCCGCUUCUGCCGAGGACCGCAAAGCGCAAGCGGCCAUGUCGACUCUGGACGCCGCCCAGCGCGAGGACGACGGCGCGCCGAAGAAGAACGUCGACACGGAAGCUUUGGGUAAGGCUAUGAAGAGUCUGGACGUAAAGGACAAGAGCAAAACACAGGAAGUCAAGAAGGCCGUCAAGGUCGACCCUGCAGAUGUUGCUCUGCUGGUUGAACAGCUGGAGUUGACCAAGCCGAAAGCGACCGAGCUCCUCAAGGCCCAUGACGGCGACGCUGUGAAAGCAAUGUCCGCCUUCAUCGGAGUGUCCGCCUGA